AUGGAAGCCAUCGCCAUUGCAGAUUUUAAGGCACUGAAGGAAGAUCAGCUUAGUUUCAGUCGGGGUAAUAUAAUCAAGGUUUUGAAAAAGGAUAGUAAUUGGUGCAGGGCGGAACUAAAUGGAAGCGAGGGCUUUGUUCCCAGCGACUAUAUCAAGUUAAAACCACAUGAUUGGUUCAAUGAGACAAUUAGUGAAGCCGAAGCUGAAGAAGUCCUGAUGAAAGCCAAGAGUCACAAUACAAACUUCCUCAUACGGGAAAGCAAGGCCACACCAGGAGAUUUUGAGCUAUCUGUCAAGGAUGAACAUAGUGUGCGGCAUUUCAGAGUACUUCGGGAUCAUGCAGGACGUUAUUUCUUGUGGUUGGUGAAGUUCGAUUCUCUAAACGAACUUGUAUCAUAUCACCACACUUCUUCAGUCGCACGGGAUCAAAGGCUGCUGCUCAGGUCCAAAAGCGCCGAAGACCAGAGCGGACAUUAUGAGGCGCUCUAUGACUUUGAGCCGCUGGAAGAAGGUGACCUAGCCUUCAAGAAAGGAGACCUCGUUGAGGUGUUGGAUGGUUCCAAUAACAACUGGUGGAAAGGAGUGUGCAACGGAAAGACGGGCAUGUUCCCAUCCACAUACGUGACUCCACAAAAAAAAUAG